AUGAAUACCGAAUACGACUACUUGUUCAAGCUCUUGUUGAUCGGAGACUCCGGUGUCGGAAAGUCGUGUUUGUUGUUGAGAUUUGCUGACGACACGUACACAAACGACUACGUUUCCACGAUUGGUGUUGACUUCAAGAUCAGAACCAUUGAGCUGGAUGGGAAGACCAUCAAGCUGCAGAUCUGGGACACUGCUGGUCAAGAGCGUUUCAGAACCAUCACCUCGUCCUACUACAGAGGCGCCCACGGUAUCAUCAUUGUGUACGACGUCACCGACCAAGAGUCCUUCAACAAUGUCAAGCAGUGGCUCCAGGAGAUUGACAGAUACGCCACGGGCGGUGUUAUGAAGCUGCUUGUGGGUAACAAGAGCGAUCUCACCGAUAAGAAAACGGUGGACUAUAACGUUGCAAAGGAGUUUGCGGAUGCCUUGGACAUUCCAUUCUUGGAGACGUCUGCUUUGAACUCAACCAACGUUGAGCAGGCGUUCUUCACAAUGGCCAGACAGAUUAAGGCAAACGUUGCCAACAACGCGGCAAACAAUGCUGCUAACAACAAGAGCGCUGUUAACUUGAAGGGUCAAUCCAUCUCUGGCGGCUCCUCAAGUAACUGUUGUUGA